UCUUCUGUUCAGUAACCUUCCCCGAGUCAAUCAGGCGACGCUACGAGCGCUAGUUAAUCAUUUAUACUGCGUGCAGCGGUUUGCGGAUCUCAAUCAGAUGAAUCUUCACAAUCUGGCCAUCGUGUUCGGACCGACUCUCUUCCAGGCAGACGGGAAGGACUACAGCGCCGGCCGAGUCAUCGAGGAUCUCAUCCAACACUACGUCACUAUAUUCGAUGUAAACGAGCAGCAGCUGAAGAAGCAGUUAGAUGAGAUCACAUACAUCAUAAAGCUCAGAGACAACCUCACGCCUAAAGCGGGAACGGGCAGUGGUGAUUUUAUCUGUACAGUUUACCUGGAGGAGAAAAAGGAAACAGCCGAACAGCACGUAAAGAUUCCUGCCACGAUGACGGCAGCAGAACUGACCUUUGAGAUUCUGGACAGACGGAAAAUCAGCGUUAAGGAGAAAGACUACUGGUGCUGCUUUGAGGUGUACGAGAAGGAAGAACUGGAGCGGCCGCUGCACUAUCUGGAGAAAGUGCUGCCCAUCUUUCACUCUCUGGGCACCGACAGUCACCUGCUGGUCAAGAAGCACUUCUCCAUGGAGGCCAUGCUGGUCUAUCUGGCCAGUAAAGUGGAGGUGUCCAAACACGGUAUGAUGAAGUUCAGAGAGGAGAGGAGUCUGCUGGGUUUGAGCACCGGGAGCUUCAAUGACCGAUACUUCAUCCUAACCAGCACCUCGCUCAGACUCUAUAAAGAAGUCCGGAAUCUGCAAAAGCUGCAAAGCCCAGAGCUGCAGUGUAGUAAUCGUCCAGAGAGAGAGUGGCCCGUCAAGUGUCUAAAAGUCUAUCACGGCAUUAAAAAGAAGCUCCGUCCACCAACAUGUUGGGGUCUCACAGUCAUCUAUGAAAGUGAGAAACAGGAAAAGCAGGAGAGACAGCAGUGGUAUCUCUGCUGUGACACACAGAAUGAAAUGAGGGAAUGGUUCGCUACCUUCAUGAGCAUACAGGUCAGUCUGAGAGGAUCAUGUCAACAAGCCUGAUAAAGCAUAUUUG